AUGAGAGUGCCUCGAGUGAGCUCUCUCGCGUAUGCGUGGUGCAUCGCCACAUCACUGCCGGUCGCCAGUGCUUUCCAGGAGGCAAUUGCGGCCGAGCAGCUCUUGGGCUCGCACUUCGGCGUCCCCGGCCUCCCAGGAGCGUACGACUACGUGAUCCUCGGAGGCGGCACCGCUGGCAUCACUCUGGCGCACCGGCUCGCCUCUGACGGGCGAUACACGGUCGCGCUGGUAAACGCGGGCGACUUUGCCGAGUUCGCCAAUGGAAACUUCUCCGAGGUCCCAGCCCUCGCCUCCAUGUUUGGGGGCUCGAACCCGUUCCUGAAGAAUCCGCAGCUGGACUUUGACCAGUAUACCACGAAGCAAUCGCAACUCGACGACAGGGCGCUAUACUACACCAUCCCCAAGGUUCUGGGAGGCGCGAGCUCCCGUAACUACCUGUGGUUCCCUCGCGCACACGAAGGCGCGCUGGCAAAAUGGGCUGAGCUGGUGGGAGACGAGUCCUAUCUGUUCCCCAAUUUCCUGCGCUAUUACCUCAAGGUGGGCAGCUUCACGCCGCCAAACACAAAGACGCGGUUCGCCAAUGCCUCGACACCGUACGACGCGGCCGCCUUUGCCAAGGGCGGCGGCCUCGUCCAGGUCGGCUACCCCAACUGGGCCAACCCUAUUUCAUCCUGGCUCGAGAAGGGAUUCGAGGGCAUUGGCCUCAAGCCUCUGGCCGGCGCGCUGGCCGAUGGCAAGAUCUUUGGUUACGCCUACCCACCAUCAUCCAUGGACUCCAAGACGCAGUCGCGAAGCUCGUCCUCUACGUCCUACCUCCGGGAUGCACUGGUCAAGACCACCAACUUGAACAUCUACAAGGAUACGCUGGCCAAGAAGAUCCUCUUCGAUGGCAAGAAGGCCGUUGGCGCCACAGUCGAAAGCGGCGGCGUCGAGUAUCAGCUCACGGCGAACAAAGAGGUCAUCGUUUCGGCGGGAUUCGCAAGAUCGCCACAGCUCUUGAUGGUGUCCGGUAUUGGCCCUCAUGCUACGCUCAAUGGCCUCGGAAUUGAUACCGUCGCUGACCUCCCCGGAGUUGGCCAAAACAUGAUGGAUCACAUCGUCAUGUCCCCCUCGUACGCCGUCAAUGUCCUGACCCACAACUCCUUCUCGGACGCUGCUGUCUACGUCGACCAUCUCAUCCAAUACCGCCAAAGCCUGACCGGAAUGUUCACCAACAACGGCGGAGACGUCCUCGCCUUUACCAAGUUUGACGACGACGCCAUCUCGCAGUCGACGCGGGCGGACAUUGACAAGUUCUCCACGGACUGGCCGCACGUCCAGUUCAUGCCCCUCGACGCCUACGUCGGCAACUUUGAGGACAGCAUGGCCGCGCCGGCGGGCAACUACGUCUCUCCCAUGGUCGCCCUCCCCGCCCCCUUCUCGCGCGGCAACGUCACGAUUGCAUCGGCCGACACCAAGCAGAACCCCGUCAUCUCGCCCAACUGGCUGCUCGACCCGCGCGACCAGGAGAUGGCCGUCGCGGCCUUCAAGCUCUCCCGCAAGGUCAUGACGCAAAACGCCACCAGCCCCGUCGUCAUCGGCGAUGAGGUGUUCCCCGGCCUCGACGUUGCGACCGACGAGCAGAUCCUCGCGGCUAUUCGGAAGCAAGCCUUCCCCGUCUCGCAUGGCAGCUGUACCUGCGCCAUGGGUCCGUCGACCAAUGAGAUGGCCGUGGUAGACACAAGUGCCAAGGUCCACGGCGUGGAGGCUUUGCGGGUUGUGGAUGCCUCAAUAUUCCCUGUUUUGCCGCCGGGCACACCAUCUCAGACAAUUUACGCCCUGGCUGAAAAGAUUGCCGACGACAUUUUGAACGGACCUUCUCGCUCGCCAGAGGAUACCUACUCUUCGUCUCGACAAGAGCGCAACUCCAAGGAUAGCAAGGAUGAGCUCUAA